CAAUCCCUUUCUUGUCUCUUCCUCUCUUUUAGUUUUGGUUGAGUGGAACUCCCUAAACUUUGCUUAUAAAACCCACGUUAAAUUUUAGGCAUUUCCAUGGUGUGUGUAUGUCUAUUGUUAGUCAUAGCAAUUAGCUAAAGCCUUUGAAGAUAGUGAGAAAGAGAAAGAGAGAGAUCAAAUGGAGGGUUUUGUGAGGUUUUUGGGUUUGGCAAAGCCAUAUUUUGGAGUUCUUUUUAUGCAAUUUGGUUCAGCUGGAAUGGCGAUUCUUGCAAAGUUUGCUUUGAACAAAGGAAUGAGUCAAUAUGUUUUCGUGUUUUAUCGUAUGAUCAUUGCUACUCUUAUCAUUGCUCCUUUUGCCUUCAUCUUUGACAGGAAAGUGAGGACAAAGAUGACCAUUUCGUUGGUCUUCAAGAUUGUGAUGCUGGGUUUAUUAGAGCCAGUGAUUGAUCUCAACUUAUACUUUACUGGAAUGAAGUACACAACAGCUACCUUUGCAGUUGCCAUGUGCAAUGUUCUACCAGCUUUUGCUUUCCUCAUGGCUUGGGCUUGCAGGCUUGAGAAAGUGAAUAUUUUGAAAAGAGGAAGCCAAGCAAAAAUUCUAGGAACAAUAGUAACAGUAGGAGGAGCCAUGAUUAUGACAUUCAUAAGAGGACCCAUGUUGAAUCUUCCAUGGACAAAACCCAACCACCCCUCUGCUUCUUCAGCUGCUUCAACAAAUCACCAAAGCCAAAUCAAGGGCUCCCUCAUGAUUGCAAUUGGCUGCAUUUGCCAGUCAGCUUUCAUCAUUCUUCAGGCGAUUACAUUGAAACUGUACCCUGCGGAGCUGUCUCUUACAGCAUUGAUAUGCUUGGUAGCCACCAUUGGAGGCUGUUUGGUGGCUUUGGUCAUGGAGAGAGGAAACCCUUCUGCUUGGGCUUUGCACUUUGACAGCCAGCUUUUAUCUGUUGUUUAUGCUGGAGUAAUAUGUUCAGGGGUAACAUAUUAUAUUCAAGGAAUGGUGAUGCAAAUAAAAGGGCCUGUUUUUGUCACUGCAUUCAAUCCUCUGUCCAUGAUUUUUGUUGCAAUCAUGAGCUCCUUCAUCUUGUCUGAGAUUAUGUUGCUAGGCAGGAUUAUUGGAGCAGUGACCAUUAUCACUGGAUUGUACCUGGUUUUGUGGGGCAAAAGAAAAGAUCAGCUUUCAGUUAAAUCAGACAGUGAUAACAUAGCACAUGAUAAGCAACAAACGACUGAAGCAGGUGAGGCUUUGAAGACGGUCCAAUCGAGUCAAGAAUUCGUCUCGCUUGAUGUUGCCAAAGUGGAGACAAAUUGAUGACUUCUAAAUCACCUGUAAUUGUGCUGGUAUUUGUUAAUAUAUGGAUCAAGUGGACUGUGUUGUUUUAAAGUACCCUGCAUUUUCAUUUCAACCAAAAUGUGUUUGUAACUUUUGCAUUUGUGGAAGGCUAUAUUAAUAAUAAUUUCUGUUUUUGUUUGGAACCAAA